AUGCAAAUCCCACAAAAAGUGGAAAAUUACUAUUACUAUCCAAAUUACCAGCAUGAUUAUAAUGCAUGCACAAUGGAUUACAGUAAGAUGGAAACAGAGGCUUUGAUAAAAGGGCAAGGGAGAGUAAACCAGUUGGGUGGGGUGUUCAUCAACGGCAGACCCCUCCCGAAUCACAUUCGUUUGAAGAUCGUGGAACUGGCAGCACAGGGAGUUCGACCAUGUGUCAUCAGCAGACAGUUACGGGUAUCUCACGGCUGUGUCAGCAAAAUUCUACAGAGGUACCAAGAAACCGGAAGUAUUCGUCCAGGAGUGAUAGGUGGAAGCAAACCCCGAGUGGCUACCCCAGAAGUAGAGAGAAAAAUCGAACAGUAUAAACGUGAAAAUCCCGGUAUAUUUAGCUGGGAAAUAAGAGACCGGUUGCUUAAGGAUGGUAUCUGUGACAGAUCAUCUGUUCCCAGCGUGAGUUCCAUCAGUCGGGUAUUGAGGAGCAGGUUCCAGAAUAUGGGUAGUGAUUCUGAGGACGACGAACCGCGGACAAGCGACGACAACAACGUCAUCAUGAACGACAACGACAGGUCUAAGUACAGUAUUGACGGUCUGCUGGCGGACGACAAGAGCGUGAAGUCGGAUGACGAAUCUGACUGUGAAUCUGAACCAGGACUAUCCGUCAAAAGAAAGCAAAGGCGAAGUCGCACUACUUUCACAGCAGAACAACUUGAGGAAUUAGAACGUGCUUUUGACAGAACUCAUUACCCAGAUAUAUAUACGCGAGAGGAACUAGCACAGAGGACUAAACUGACGGAGGCCCGUGUUCAAGUCUGGUUCAGCAAUAGGAGGGCAAGAUGGCGGAAACAAAUGGGCAGUAACCAAAUUUCAGCCUUGAACAGCAUUUUACAUAUGCCACAAGGAGGCAGUUCCUCUUACCUGCUUCACGAGGCUGCUCCUAGUUAUCCAUUGCCAUCAGUAUCAGAAACUCUUUGGCAUCGGAACUCCAUGACGCAUCACCUUCAGAAUAUCACCUCACUAAAAAACAACGAGAGCGCGUACGCCGGACUGAUGGAGAAUUAUUUGUCACACGCAUCACAGAUGCACAGUUUAACCAAUCCUACCGAUUCUUUGGCUAGUAAUUGGUGUUCACCUGUGACGUCAUCGGUUCCUCCACUUGCAUAUCCUUCAUCUAGCAAUCAUUUUAAUCCCCAUGGAUACAGUGACGUCACCAAAUCUACGCUUCACCCUUACAAUACUCAUAUUGGUUCCGUUUCAUCUGGUGAAAGGUGCUCCAUCGAUGAAAGUCUCGUGGCAUUACGCAUGAAGUCUCGUGAACAUUCGGCAGCUUUGAGUUUGAUGCAGGUGACGGACAAUAAAAUGUCGGCAUCGUUUUGAUGAACCAUGACAGUAUCAAGGGACACAACUUCCGUCCGAAGGUGUUAUAAAAACGAGAGUCAUGUACUGUAUCAGACAUUUCAAAUUAAAGAAUCGUCUCCAGGAUAUACAAGAUGAAUGAAAUUACUUCUUUUUUAAGUUGACAUUUAUCCUUCAACAUAGUAAUGUACAUGUACAUUUAUAGUAGCUAGGACAGAUUGUCUACUUUUUGCUUUGGUAAA